CCCAUUCCUCUAAAGGACAUUAUAAUGCAAGGAACCUCCUUUUUAACCACAAACCGAAUUUGCUUUCAUUUAGGCCAUAUAUGUGUUUUUUUUUAAAUAGUUUAAAGUCAUAGAGAUUUUUUUGGAAAAGCAUUUCGCCCUGGAGCGGUGCGCGAUGCUUUCGCACGCCGACCUGCUGGAUGCUCGCCUCGGUGAGUUAUCAACGCCAAACUCCGGUCUGCAACUCUACUGGAUGAAAGAUGCCGCGGCGGAGCUUCUAGGUCACAGGGAAGCAUUGAAGUGUAGGCUGGGCGGUGGUGGUGCUGACCCGGGCCACCCCGGAGAACUCGCCCCGGGCUCCGAUGCCGUAGAAGGAGCCACUCUUCUCCCCGGAGACGAUAUCAGCAAUGCUGGAUCCAAUCCGCAGGGUGUAGCGGUGAACAGCAAGGAACAGGAGAAGCAACAGCAGCAACAACAGAACCCCACCCAGUCUGGAGGACAGCAGAGUCAGAAACAGAAACGCCACCGGACUCGGUUCACCCCAGCCCAGCUUAACGAGCUGGAACGCAGCUUCGCCAAAACCCACUAUCCGGAUAUCUUCAUGCGCGAGGAGCUCGCGCUCCGGAUCGGCCUGACGGAAUCACGCGUGCAGGUUUGGUUUCAGAACCGACGUGCAAAAUGGAAGAAGCGCAAGAAGACCACCAACGUGUUCCGCGCUCCGGGCACUUUGCUGCCCACUCACCACGGACUACAGCAGUUCGGCGCCGCGGCGGCCGCAGCAGCUAUGGGCGACAGUUUGUGCUCUUUUCAUGCUAAUGACACCCGCUGGGCUGCAGCUGGGAUGCCAGGAGUCUCUCAGCUACAGCUACCGCCCUCCCUAGGCCGACAACAAGCCAUGGCACAGUCUCUAUCCCAGUGCAGCCUUGGCGCCGGACCACCGCACAAUUCCAUGAGCCUGUCCAACAUGUCCUCCAAUGGUUCCGGGCUCCAAUCCCACCUCUACCAACCUACCUUCCCCGGUAUGGUGCCCGCUUCGCUCUCUGGUCCCAACAACGUGACCGGCUCGCCUCAGCUCUGUAGCUCCCCGGACAAUGACGUCUGGAGAGGGACAAGCAUCGCGUCCCUGCGCCGCAAAGCGCUAGAGCAUACAGUGUCCAUGAGUUUCACCUAAUACUUUUUGAUGUGCAAUUCUUCUCUUGUUCCUCGUCCACUCAUCAUUUCUGACCCAACGACCCAGUGACGCACCAGGAAGUCUAAGGAUACAAUUGAAUGAACUGUGCACCAAAUGGAAAUAAAACCUAACGCAUCAUAGUCUGAAAAAAUGUCCCCCCUUCAAUCUAGCAAACGUGAAUGUAUUUAUUUAUUAAUAUGUCCUAUUUAUUUUUAUUUAUUAGCACUUUCUUUUUUUUAAAUGUAACCGUACGCAAAUGUCAACAUCUGGGACAGAAAACAAACUGCGCAUUUGCCACGAAGCCAUCUCCAGAGAAGCCAGACGGUUCCACGCGCACCGGAUGAUACCGGAUUCUGGGAGUAAAGUUUUAUGUCUCAUUUUUAGUGUUGUUAUUAUUAUAAUUAUGGAAGAAACCAUUCAUGUUUUAAGACUGUUUCAUGAAAGAAGGUGGAAGAUUGGAAGGAAAAUAUCUCAAAAAGUAUUAAGAAACUUGACUGCAUGUGCCGACACCAGUAAACAUCAACGGGGAAAUAUCAUUUAAAAGAAAAGUAUGACUUUGUCAUAUGCUGUUACAUAGUAUGUUUGGUGUAGAUAACGCAUUCUUAACUUGUUCCCAUUCGGUCAGUUUGUGAUAUGUUCUAAGUUAAUGUAUGUGCUAUUACCAAUAUAAAUUUCUUAAAUGUUUGACCUUCUUAACGGCUGUUUUGUUUCCUGAACAUGUUUAU